AUGGAUUCAACGCAUUUUCUUUCGUGGUUAGAUUCGACUUGUGCAACGCUAAGAGAGAAGAUUGGUGAAAAGGAAAGAAUUGCUGUUUGUUUGGACAACGCAACAUGGCACAACAAACUCACAGAAGAAUCAAUCAUUCCAAAGCGUUCUUCAACAAAAGGAGAAAUUCAAAAAUGGCUUCAAGAUCGAAAAAUUAAUUUUCCAGAAAAAUUUGUUAAAGCUCAAUUGUUACAGCUUGUAUGUACAAACUGUCCACGUAAAGAAUAUAUGUUUGUUCCUGAUCAAAAUACAACAUUUCGUCAAGGUGAUGUAAAACAAUCGAUUGGACAGUUUAUGGUGACAAUGGAUGAUAAACUUGCAAGUUCAUAUUUUCAUCAUGUUGAUGAAGUCGAAGAGAUGUAUAAAACAGCAGAUGAAAUAAUGGAAGAAGAAAUCGAACCAUAUUUACAAUCUGACAGUGAAGAAACAGAUUGUGAUGACGGUGAGAAAAACGUAGAAUUAUAGUUCUUUUUGUAUUUGUACUUUUUUCAAAAUUCAGUUUAUUUUC